AUGGUGUCAGGUAUCCCGGAUUUAUCAAUAUCAGAAUAUCAGUUUAUAAAGACGAUUGGCAAAGGAUCAUACGGAGAAGUUUGGCUAUGCAAACAUAAGAUCGAUACAAAGAAGUACGUCAUUAAAAAAAUCGAUGUGACAAAAUCUUCUGAUAAAGAAAGAAAAGCAGCUAAAUUAGAAUGCCGGCUGCUUUCUGAGUUUAGACACCCAAAUAUUGUUCAAUAUAAGACCUCUUUUGAAUAUCGCGGAUUCUUGUAUAUUGCAAUGGGUUUUUGUGAAGGAGGUGAUCUUUACACAAGACUUAGAAUGAGAAAUGGGGUUCUUUUAUCUGAACGUGUUCUUGUUGAGUGGUUUGUCCAGCUUGCUAUUGCCUUACAGUAUAUGCAUGAGAGAAAUGUAUUACAUCGGGAUCUUAAAACUCGAAACAUAUUUCUCACACGGUCGAAUAUUGUCAAACUUGGAGACCUUGGGAUAGCUAGAGUGUUAGAGUCUUCUAAUUCAAUGGCUACAACCUUAAUUGGAACCCCCUACUAUAUGUCACCUGAGCUAUUUGCCAAUAAACCUUAUAAUCAUAAAAUGUCUACUCUUCGGCAUGCCUUUAAUGCUAAAUCAUUCAACGCACUAUCAUAUAAAAUUUUAAGCGGAAAGGUUCCAGACAUGCCUACUCAAUAUAGUCCAGAACUUCUUGAACUUAUGCGUGCAAUGUUGCACUUGAAACCAGAGAAACGUCCAUCAGCGAGACGCGUUUUAUCUAAUUCAUUCAUAAGGAAACAUAUUGUUCUAUUUCUGGAAGCAACUAAAAAUCGCCCAAAUCACUCCCGAAACCAUUCAACCACUGAAGAUGAAGUACACAACACCAAUCAACAUUUAGAAUGCGAAACUGGUGUGCCUUCAAUAACUAAUCAAUCAUCCAAUGAAAUAAAAAUGAGCAAUGAGAAAAGAACAAAUCAAAUGGAACAGCAACCAAUUAUCAUACAUAACGAACAAAAUUGUGAAAAAAAUUCACAGUCACUAUUAAAACAAACCUUGUCUGUUGACCGAAAUGAUAAAGUUUUUGCAAAUUCAUCAAUGGAUGAAUCAAAAGUUGAUUUUUCAAUCAACAAUGUACCAAAAGAGUUAAAUCAAAGUAUUAAGAUAUCUUUAAAUACAUAUAGGCAACAUGAAAAACAGAUAAAUGAGAGUAUUGUCAAUUGUAUUGAUGAACUUAAAGAUGAUUCACUUCAUAGACAUUUGUCAGAUGCUCGAUUACGUCGUCGUCAACGUCGUCGAAUGUCUGGAGUUGAAGGAGAACAACAUCAUAAUCAUCAACAAUUUAAACAUGAAUAUCAAAAAGAAUCAAUUAAAACGAUCAAGUCUCCAAGAUCAAUUCAUGAAAAACAUGAUAGUAACAAUUCAAAUUUAAAAUUACACAAAAUUUCAAAAUUUCAUUUUCAUUCAUUUUCUAUAUUACCAGUAUCUAUGUUACCUAAAUUACAUAAAAAUAUUCAUCAAAUGAAAAGUAGUAAUUCAAUCACUGAUCUAAUAACAAAACAUAAUUCAUUAAAUAAUGAUUAUUCAAAGGUGAUAGAGAAUCAAAAUAUUGAACAAUCAUUAACAAAUCAAAUUAUUCAUUGUAGUAGUAGUAGUAGUAGUAGUAGUAGUAGUAGUAGUAUGAGUUCAACUCCUGUCAUAACAAUUUGCUCAUCACCAGGUAGUGAUCAAACGAAUAAGAACUUUCUAGAAUGUAAAUCGAAUUCUAUAUCACAAAUGAAUCAACUUAAUUGUGAUGAAAUUAAAAGCGCCAAUCCUUUGAAUCAGAUUUCAUCAAGUGAUCAAUUUAAAGAUAUUUUCAGAAAAGAAAAUUUGUAUAAUAAUAUACAGGCAUAUUCUACAGAAGAAGAUAAUAGAGAAAAUGAUAUUCAUAAUCCAUUAGUACAUCAAAAUGAUGAUAAAGAAAUUGAAGCUGUUGUAAAUUGUUUAGCGGAUACUUUAAAAGAUGGUUGUCAUCCUGGUGCACCUGCAAUAAUUCCACGUUGUAAAAAUGAUAACAAAAUACCAACUGUAUUUUAUAAUUCAAACAAUUGUGUAAGUAAAAAUCAAAAGUUAUUAUUCAAGCCUAAUUUAGAGGAUAAUGGACCAAUUGAACCAAAAGAAGAAACGAUCAAUCGAUCUGUACAUUUAAAACAACAUUUUAUAGAAUUACAAAGGGAGUGCAUAAAGAAUGUGGGCUUGAAGAGGCUACAUGGAGCUUACGAAGUUCUUGAUCAAGAUUUAUCUUCAGAAUCUCAAGAGAUAUUAUUAAAGAAAAUACUUGGCAUAGAUAUUUAUUCACAAUAUAUGAGUAAAAUUUGGCAACUUAAACUUCUUGAACAAAAUACUUUUGAAAAAGAAACAUCCAAUUAA